AAAGUUACUUCUUCACAAUGCGCCUGGUUCUCCUGCCUCUGUCCCUCUGCCUGCUGCCGCUGUCUUGCAGUGGUGUCACGCAAUUCCUCAUCGGCAAUAAAAACAUAAUAGUAUUGGAACAACAAGGCACAUGGGAUCAGAUGAACAUCGCCUGCCGCAGGAAAGGCGCUCACAUGGUGAAGAUAGACAGCGCUGAUUUCAUGCACACCCUUGUUAACCAGCUGAAUCAAAACAACUACAACCAUAACUACUGGAUCGGCGCUACAGAGGUCGGCCACGAGGGUAUCUUCCGCUGGCAGGACGGAACGAAGGUCAAGAUGGGAACCCCGUUCUGGGGCAUCCAUCAAGGGGCCCAGGAACCCAACGGGGGGGACCUGGAGACGUGUGUGUUUAUGAAUAAGAACAACUUUAUGUACUGGGCUGACGCACAUUGCACUGACAGGUUCUCGGUCAUCUGCGAGUUCCAGGGAACUGAAUCUUAACUUGUACUUGUACUUGUAUCCAUCGCCCUUAUAAACAGCUGUUUGCGGGUCUUAUCAGGGUAGAUAAAUCACUUUGUUUCACUCUUCCCGCCAGGUAUCAGUCAUUAAGGCGAGAUAGAUACUUCUGUUUUAAUACUUUUAUUUCCUGUUAUUUUAUCUGAUCAGUUUUAAGUGUGGAUGUCAUUCUGUCUCUAUGUAUUUUUUAUGUUCAGCCUUUCUUUUACAUUCAGUACCCAUAUUUUCACGUUUCAAUCCUGAACUAUCUAGAUGUACUAGUUAGAGAACAACACAACCUUAAUAAAGAGUCCGUCAGACAA